CAAGACAAAUAGUUUGUGUGAGAAUAUUCGACGUGACACUUUAUGUUGCUGAGUGAGGAGGCAGGGCAUUUUUUACCGCUCAACUGGGAGAGCCUCUGAACUUUUAAAGUGCUCAGCUGUCCCAAACAGUCACAUGGACGCUUACACACACACACACGCACACACACCCACACACGCACAUACAGACUCAGGGCUGGGCCGGGUUGGGCCUAUUGGCAUUACUCAUCCAAAAUCUGCCACCUGUUGAAGCCUCAUUUGGAAAGUUCAGCAUGUAAAGCACUGAACAGCAGAGCUGGCAGAAAAAGACAGAAAGUGUCCCAACAAGUUUGGAGCUGCGGAGACGCCGCCUGAUGGCACUGAGGACGUGAGACCACCUCACUCUGAGAAGAAGUGGACUCAAGUUUCACGAGCCAUCUGCUGGAUCACACAAUAUCUGGAGGAACUGGACCUCGACUGACCGAGCGACACCAUGGCUCAUUAUGACCUGUAAGUUCAGUCUGCAGACGGGACCAGGGAAGGACCAAGCUGCCUGAUGAUGGAUGACAAGGACUCUGUGGAUAUUCAUGACCACCCGCCGCUCCCUGAUAAUGUGGUGAAAGAGGAGGACAACACGGUGUAUUUCAUCUAUGACGAAGAGGUAGAGGAGGAAGACAAAGAUGAACCACCUCCUCCAGAACCAAUCAAACCAGUCAACGACAGACCCCACAAGUUCAAGGACCACUACUGCAAGAAACCAAAGUUUUGUGACGUCUGCGCACGCAUGAUAGUGUUAAACAAUAAGUUUGCACUGCGAUGUAAGAACUGCAAAACCAGCAUCCACCACCAGUGUCAGUCCUACGUGGAGUUCCAGAGGUGCUUUGGCAAAAUUCCUCCAGGAUUCAGGAGAGCCUACAGUUCUCCUCUCUACAGCAGCCAGCAGAAUGCCACAGUCUCACAGUUGCUGCCCUUUUCACAGUCAAACCGCACCGACCCUGUGUUUGAGACGCUGCGUAUCGGUGUGAUCAUGGCCAACAAAGAGCGCAAGAAAGGGUCCGAGGACAAGAAGAAUAUGAUGAUGAUGAUGAUGGAGGAGGAUGAGUCCCAGCCCAAACAGGAGGAAGAAGGAGGUGAAGGAGCAAACACAGAAGGAGACAAAAAAGGAGACAAGGCUCCUGCUGAUGACAAGAGUAAAAGGCCUCAGCCGGGGAAGAUCGGCGUGUUCAGUCAGUCUCACUACUACCUGGCUCUGUACCGCUUCAAAGCCAUAGAGAAGGAUGAUCUGGACGUACAUGCUGGCGACCGCAUCACAGUGAUAGAUGACUCCAAUGAAGAGUGGUGGAGGGGGAAGAUCGGAGAGAGGACAGGCUUUAUACCUGCCAACUACAUUAUCCGAGUGCGAGCGGGAGAGAGGGUCUACAAGGUGACACGCUCCUUCGUUGGCAACAGAGAAAUGGGCCAAAUCACUCUGAAGAAAGACCAGAUCGUAGUAAAGAAGGGUGAGGAGGUGAAUGGCUACCUGAAGGUCAGCACAGGACGGAAGCUCGGCUUCUUCCCCGCCAACCUGCUGCAGGAAAUCUGAAGCAGACCAGGCUAACGUUGCAUCAAACACCUGGCCAUCCAUCUCAGUUUCAUCACCUGCUGUGUGGUUCACACACUUGUUAUCGGUCCAAAGCAAUAGCUUUAGACUUGAAUUUUGAUUUCAACACACAUUGGUAUUUUCAUGUUGUUCAGGAUGCCUGUAGACAGAAUAUAUUGGAAGUGCCAAGUGCCAAAAACCGCAGUUCCUCUGAUGGCCAUUUGAGGCUGGCUCCAGAAGCAAGUCAAUCCCCACAGACACUCAUGUUAAAAUGCCUGACUUUACAGCAGAAAUAAACAUAUG